CUCGUCGCCGCUGGAGUGAAAGCAGCCGAACAAGAUCGGUGAGCCGGGAAGGCACAGAUCGCCCUUCGCCAUGCUCAGGACAGCCCUCGUGUGCUGCAUCUACCGAUGUCGCCUGCAUUACCUCGCACUCGUUGUCCUCUGUGCCACCAUAAUUGCCUUCGUGGCCGUCGCAAGACUACCUGAAAGUCGCCCCUCGCCGAGGUUUUCCAAGAUCGUCCUUUACGUCCACCCUCAAAGUCACAAUGUACCGGUUUCGGGUAGCGUCUACCAAAACGGCACAGUGACGGGUACCCUGUUUGCCAAAGCUCUCAACGGCUCCAGUUCCUCCAAACUGUUCCUGACUACCGAACCUGGCCGGACCCUGACACGGCGCCAGGCGUGCGUCGUUCAGUCUGCCGCCUUGCACAAUCCCACCUUCAACGUCCAUCUCCUCUUGCUCAGUCAUCCCAGUCAGAUCCCGGUUCCUCUGGACACGCGGGAAGACUCGCUCUUCUUGAAGCCACUGAGUCGAAUGAGGAAUGUCCACAUUUGGAACUUGCAGACAACGGACUUGUUUCUAGGCUCCUACCUCCACAGUUGGCUCGAGAGGGGUAUCAGCGGACGCCCUGACCAUCUAAUGGACGCCAUCAAGGUUCUGGUUCUCUGGAACUUUGGCGGGACGUUUCUGGACCUGGAUUUCCUGGUCUUGAGAUCCUUCCAGCACCACUUGGACAACUCGGUUCUCGAAUACGGCGGGGGAUUUCUGACAACGCGGUUCCUCUCGUUCGAGAAGGGACAUCCCCUACUCGGGGUCUGGCUGAAGGACUUUAAUUUGAACUACUCACCCGACGAAGUAGUAGACUUUGGAAAUGUCGUGCUUACCCGAAACGUUCGAAACCUGUGCAACGUUUCUUCGUUGGACGAAGUGGGAAAGAGGCGCACUUGCAAGGUGGACGUGAUCCCCGGAAAGCUCUUCUACCCGGUGCAUCGCCGGGAAGCGGACGACAUCUUCUCGAACGACAUCUACUCGCCCGAUGCCAGUCAGCACCUGAUGUCUAGGACGGUGAACAGCUACGCCAUCUGCCUUUGGAGUGAUAUUACGAGCGGCAUCGCUUACAAGCGGAACUACGCACCGUCUUAUGUGGCGUUUGAGAGACGACAGUGUCCAGAUAUUGCCAGACUGUUACCUUGCGACGACACGUUUUGUCAUCCUUAAUUAUCGCCGCUCGCGUCCGAACAAGUCGCGUCUAGUCUGGAAACUGAACUUUUCCUAAAGAAAGAGGGCACCUAAUGGUAAGGCUGAAACGGAAAAAAAUUAGCACAAGUGACCGACGACAGGAGCAGUCAAAUCGCGACACGCGGCGCUACUGUUCCCGAGCGCGCCG